GAGGGGUACUUGAUGGUGUUCUCAUCACCCAUCUCUAAGCUACUAGCAGACACUGUAGCGCUGAAACGCAAUAUGGAGUAGCAUGCACGCGUCUGGGCAUUAUUUUCUUCCAUUCCCUUUGAUGGAUGUGCACGUCCAUUGGAAUAUACGUUCAUCGCACGAUUGAGAUCCAGACUGAUCCAUUCUUUGCUGAGACAACAUGGCUUCUGACAACACACAGCGCAGUUACUCCAUCAUCCCAUGUUUCAUCUUCGUAGAGCUGGUGAUAAUGGCAGGGACCGUCCUGCUGGCCUACUACUUUGAGCUGACCGACACGUUCGGCAUCCACGUCCAGGGGUUCUUCUGCAACGAUGCUGACCUGAUGAAGCCGUACCCCGGGGUGGACGAGAGCAGCUUCAUCCCUCCCCUCAUCCUCUACUGCGUGGUCGCCGCCACUCCCACCAUCAUCAUCUUCAUCGGGGAGGUUUCCAUGUACAUGAUGAAGUCCACACGGGCGGUGCUACUAACCCAGGAGAAAACCAUGGUGACGGGGAAGUGCUGCUACCUGAACGGCCUCACCAGGAGAGUCAUCAGGUUUAUUGGUGUGUUUGCGUUUGGUCUGUUUGCGACAGACAUCUUUGUGAACGCUGGCCAGGUGGUGACGGGUAACCUGGCGCCGUACUUCCUGUCUGUGUGUAAACCCAACUACACCGGCACCGAGUGUCGCUUCACCCACCAGUUCAUCUCCAACGGUAACAUCUGUACCGGCAGCCCGGUCGUCGUGGAGAAGGCUCGACGCUCCUUCCCUUCCAAAGACGCGUCGCUCAGCGUCUACUCUGCUGUCUACGUCACGAUGUACAUCACUAGCACCAUAAAGACUAAGAGUAGUCGCCUGGCCAAACCGGUGCUGUGCCUGGGCACCCUCUGUACAGCCUUCCUCGCCGGGCUCAACCGGGUCUCGGAGUACCGGAACCACUGUUCUGAUGUCAUCGCUGGGUUCAUCCUUGGUAGCUGUAUCGCUCUCUUCCUGGGUAUCUGUGUGGUGAACAACUUUAAAGGAACUCACUCCCCUCCUGCCAAACAGAAGAGUGAAGAUUACCGUGGUCUCCCUCUAAUGACCUUCCCCCGCAUCCAGAGCCCCCUGCAGACACUAACUUAA